UAUCUGCCCUGCACACAGUCCGUCCUGUGUUGUGUUGAGCUGCAGACGAAGCGUUGAGUUUUAGAACCAGUUAAAUCUAAAACCAUGGCCAAGGACAUGACUUUUCUGUGGGGCUCCGGCUCUCCUCCCUGCUGGAGGGUGAUGAUCGUGCUGGAGGAGAAGAACCUGCAGGGCUACAACCACAAACUGCUCUCCUUCGAGAAAAUGGAGCACAAGUCUCAAGAAGUGUUAGAUAUAAAUCCCAGGGGGCAGCUUCCGUCCUUCAAACAUGGAAACAACAUUGUGAACGAAUCCUAUGCGGCUUGCUUUUACCUGGAGAGCCAGUUCAAGUCUCAGGGAAACAAGCUGAUCCCAGAAAAGGCAGAAGAACAAGCACUGAUGUACCAGCGCAUGUUCGAGGGGCUCACAUUCUACGAAAAACUAAAUGCAGUGGUCUACUAUGAAUGGUACGUUCCUGAGGGUGAGAGGCAUGACUCCGCCCUGAAGAGAAACAGAGAAGCUCUGACCACUGAGCUCCAGCUCUGGGAAGGUUACCUGCAGAAGCUGGGCUCUGGCUCCCACCUGGCGGGAUCGUCUUUUACGCUGGCAGAUGCGGUCGUUUUCCCAACGGUUGCCACUGUUUUCAGAUUUGGGUUGUCUGCAGAGCGUUACCCUAAACUGGGAGAGUAUUACGCUCUGCUGAAGGAGAGGCCCAGCGUCAAAGCCAGCUGGCCGCCUCAUUGGCUGGAGAACCCCAAAGGACAAGAAACACUCAAAGACAUCUGAAAUGCAUUUCAGCUGGAUCUGGGAAAGCACUUCUGGUUUUCUUUUAGUUGCAUUCAUCUAAACUUAAAUGUAGUCUCAGCUCAGUUUGUUUAGCUGGAUGAUUUUUCUGUACUUAUAUAGUUGGAAGGUACUAAUACACAACCUGAUUUGUUUCUGUCACAUUUUUGACCGAGGUAUCUGAUUAACACAAGUUAUGUGAAGCUGUUUGUAACAAACACUGGCAGCAGACCAGUUUUUCAUUCAUUGUGUCUCUAACGUCAAUCUACUGUAGCCAUGAUAUCACAGCAGCAGCUUUUCCAGAGUUUAAGUUCUUCUCUGAAGUGAAAAUGUGGGUCUUCUGCAUAUACUGUGUUGUAAACUGGUAUAGUAGGGUUAUAUGAGGCCACAUGAGUCAAAGUCUGAGAGUAAGAGAUAAAGGUUUGCACUAACAGUAGAAAAGGUAGUCAUGAUGUGUGUUUUAUGGCUUGUGCAUAAAACCGGUUUACCCUGCUCAGAGAUAAGUCAGUUAUGCCUUGUUACCAUGACUUGCAUAAAAAUGAACGACUGAUUGAAAUCACAGAAAUAGGAGGAAGUUUUUAUCUCAGAGGAACUUUUUGUAAAGUGUAAAAAGACAAAAAGUUAUGGACUUUUUUUAAAAAAAUAAAUGUAAAAAUCUAUCUUGAAGGACAUGUAGAGAACUCUGCAUAAAAUGUGUAAAUGCCCUCGUCAGCUGCCAGGUACAAAAUCUUGUUCUACAGUGUGCAUGUUUAGUGGAGUUGUGUAUUAUUUUUGUAGAAACUUGUAUUAUAGUCUGAGAGUUUUUUCUGUGAAUUUUAAUUAAAAGGCUUAAAGAAA